UUGGUUAAGUAACAAAUCCCGUCCCCACUUUCUCUCUCUCAAUUUUCGAUUCCCCCAAUUUUCCCGCCGUUGAUCUCAAGUUUUCCGUUUGUUUCCCGGGAAAAAAUAUGAGAGAAAUCCUCCACAUUCAGGGCGGCCAAUGUGGCAAUCAGAUCGGUGCGAAGUUCUGGGAGGUCAUUUGCGACGAACAUGGCAUUGACCACACCGGCAAAUACAGCGGCGAUUCUGAGCUUCAACUCGAGCGGAUUAAUGUCUAUUACAAUGAGGCUAGUGGUGGUAGGUAUGUUCCUCGUGCCGUUCUUAUGGAUCUCGAGCCUGGAACCAUGGAUUCCGUCAGAUCCGGAACCUUUGGCCAGAUCUUCCGUCCCGAUAACUUCGUUUUUGGUCAGUCUGGGGCUGGGAAUAAUUGGGCGAAGGGACAUUACACCGAAGGAGCUGAGCUAAUCGAUUCUGUUCUCGAUGUUGUUAGGAAGGAGGCUGAGAAUUGUGAUUGCUUGCAAGGAUUCCAAGUUUGUCAUUCUUUGGGUGGAGGCACUGGCUCUGGAAUGGGAACACUUCUGAUUUCAAAGAUCAGGGAGGAGUUCCCAGAUCGCAUGAUGUUGGCAUUUUCUGUAUUUCCUUCUCCCAAGGUUUCAGACACAGUUGUAGAACCAUACAAUGCCACUUUGUCUGUUCACCAGCUUGUGGAGAAUGCUGAUGAAUGCAUGGUCCUUGACAAUGAAGCUCUCUACGAUAUUUGCUUCCGAACACUCAAGCUUGCUACUCCUACAUUUGGUGAUCUGAACCACCUUAUCUCUUCUACCAUGAGUGGUGUUACUUGUUGUCUACGAUUCCCUGGACAAUUGAACUCUGAUCUACGAAAGCUUGCUGUCAAUCUUAUUCCUUUCCCUCGUCUACAUUUCUUUAUGGUUGGUUUUGCACCAUUAACAUCAAGAGGAUCCCAGCAGUACCGAUCCCUCACGGUGCCAGAGUUAACCCAGCAGAUGUGGGAUGCCAAAAACAUGAUGUGCGCUGCCGAUCCACGACACGGUCGGUACCUUACCGCUUCAGCCAUGUUCCGUGGUAAGAUGAGCACUAAAGAAGUAGACGAGCAGAUGAUCAAUGUACAAAACAAGAACUCAUCUUACUUUGUCGAAUGGAUACCCAACAACGUGAAGUCUAGCGUGUGUGACAUCCCACCCAAGGGUCUGAAGAUGGCGUCGACUUUCAUCGGUAACUCGACUUCAAUUCAGGAGAUGUUCAGGAGGGUUAGUGAGCAGUUCACAGCCAUGUUCAGGCGCAAGGCCUUCUUGCAUUGGUACACCGGUGAAGGAAUGGACGAAAUGGAGUUCACCGAGGCUGAGAGUAACAUGAACGAUCUGGUCGCCGAGUAUCAGCAGUACCAGGAUGCGACUGCCGACGAAGAGUUCGAAGCUGAAGAAGAGGAAGCCCCUGCUUGAGCCACCGUCUCCUGCAGCAACCCAGGUUUGUCUGAAACUGUAAUGCUGCUGUUCUUGAUUUUAUUCUUUAGUUUGUGAUGAUCAUGAUGAUGGUGCUGUUUCCUUUUGUCCAGCAGUUCGUAGAAUUUUACAUGUUUUGAGCUGUAUUAUGGAGUGAGUGAGGGCCAUGUAAUGCAAUCAGAGCUGGGUUUUGGAUAUAAUAUUAUCUUUUUUGCUUCAAUUAGAAUGAUUCAUAUUUGUAUUUA